UUGCCGCGGCUUGUCGUUCAGCCGGAAAAUUGGUUUUGUCAGACCGACUGUCAAUCAACUGUGGGAACACGGAAACUGGGGCCUGUAUGGGCCAAAAACUCUGUCUUGCUCUACGUCUACUUGGCCCGCGGCACACGCUCUAAGCGGGUGAAAAGACACAAAUUAGCCCUUCAGAUAAACCAGUUUCUGUGGGAUGCAAAGACAAAACGCCAGGACUUGGAAGACAAGACCUUUCUGCAGGAAAAUGAAUCGGAUGUGUUUCUCUGA